AUGGAAUUCAACAGACCGGCGAGCCUUAAAUUGACCGGUAAUAUAAAUGACAACUUUAAGACAUUUAAGCAAGAAAUAGAAGUUUAUUUCAUGGCUACUGAAACAUAUAAAAAACCAAAAGAAGUUCAGGUGGCACGACUACUGAACCUUUUAGGACCAGAUGGUUUGAAAUUAUUUAACACAUUUAAAAUUGAAGAUAAAUCUAUUGAAACAAUUUUCAAAUGUUUGGAAGAAUAUUGUGUACCCAAAAAGAAUGUGGUAAUGGAGCAUUAUAGAAAGCAAAAUGAAAAUGAAUCAUUUGAAAAAUUCUAUGCUGACUUACGCGAACUUAUCAAGUCAUGUGAAUUUGGAGAAGCUGAAGAAACUCUAUUGUGCUCACAAAUAGUACUUGGUAUACAUGAUAAGGAUCUACAGACAAAAUUACUCAGAGAAGAUUUGCCAUUGCCCAAAAUCAUCAAGUAUUGUCAAGCGGUUGAGCAGGCCGAGAUGCAUCGACGUGUGGUUCAAAAAGAAAGUCCAGCUCACAUGUCAAAUAAUAUCCAACAUCAUGUUCAUAUAAAAGUUAAUAAGUCUGUUAUGUUAAUUAAUAAAAUAUGA